CAGGUAGUAUGAUAAAACAUUUUAUCAGGGAAAGGGACGUACCCAGGAAGUUACUAAGUUGUAAAGUUAAGUGAUUUCGAGAAUUGUAAAGAUUAUUUCGGCAAAAUAUUUCGUGGGGUAUUUUGCGGAUGGUCAGUUUCAGUUGUUCUUCGGGUGUCUUUGAGUACUAGCCACAAGCAAAACUAAAAGCAUGGAGAAUCUCGUACUUUACCUCACGUUAAUCAUCACAUUCCUCAUUAGAGAAUUUAACGCUGAAACGCUAGAAAUACUGUCAAGUACCCCACCAACGGAUCCGUUUAAAAAUGACAACAGCAACGUUGAAAAGAAAGAAGUAGAUGUGCCGGAAAACUCCCUGCAAAACUCACUGGCCACCCAAAACACCCAACACCCUGUACAAGGGUACAUGCCCCAGCCGGUUUAUCCUAUUUAUACCGGAGGGUACUUUUACCCAGGUAUCAACCCUAAUUCGGUAAUGGAGACCAAUCAGCAGGUUCAAAAUAGCGGCACGUAUUUAUCUUCGGUACUACCUGUAGCACAGAUGGGAUUUGAAAUUAUCCGUAAUCUCUUUCUGUAUUUUCUCAUAAGAUAUUUCGUAUUAAAAUUAAUUAAAGUUUUUAAUCUGAUUUUGGAACUUCGUGACGUUUUAAUAACAGACGAAACUUCCGUUCUUCUUACUAAGGCUGCAUUACAGGCUGGAUUAAAAUUAUUCGCUAAAGUAGGUUUAUUUGCUAUAGCAGGAGCAGCUUUGUUAGUGAUUGGUGGUAUAUUUACUACGAUCGUGUGUAGUUUAACCCCUAUUUGCACUAUAACGUUCAACGGAUACGACUUUAAAGCCUUGAAUAAGGACACUGUAAGAUCUUUGAUGACCCCAGAAAAGAUUGCAUCGGCAGCUGCCUUGGUUCAAGAUGCCAUAGGAAAAUACCAAAGACUACAGAGGGCAGUAGGACAACACUAAAUUGAAAAUAUGAAGCUU